CAGUCAGUCGGUCGGCAACCAGCGCGCCACACGGACGUCAGCUCGUGUUUUCGCCCCGUUCCACGCCGAUCCUCGUCGUCAUCGUCGACGCGCGUGACACCUUCGCUCGUCUCAGCUACCUCUUCCACUAUAAGAAAAUAUUCUACGCUUGGAUAAUUUUGAACAAUUUCUUAAAUAUCCUAUCAAUGACUCUUAUACUUUUAUUCUACGACCUUCUAAAUUUCAACUUUGAGAACUUGGUGAAUGCUUAAAUAAGGGAUGAAUAAAUGUUGGAAUAUUUUAUAGAGAACUUCGAAUAUUCUGUAUGUGGACUUUGCUAAAAGUUGCCUGAACGCUCGAUGCCUGAAAUAUCAAAGUUUUAACUGGCAGUGGAGGUUUAAGUAACAGUCGGCGAGGUAGUUAAUCGAAAGAGAGGAUCGAUCGGAGUUUUGAAGGACAGAAGGGGUGGCUCGUUGUCUCGCUGUCGGCCGCAGCGACGUGCGAGUAUCGAUGUCCAGUGAACACGAGUUCGUAUGACGAGUACCGUCUAUCGGGACAUGACAGUGAACGGACUGUGUAAUGGGAGUUGACAGGCGGACACCUGGUACGUUCGAGCGAUGCACAGAGAUGAACGAGAACGUGUUCAGCUGAUGGCCGAUCCGAAAUUUUAUCGAUCCUAAUCUAGAAAGAUCGUUGCCUUACUCCCGAUAGAACGUAGCUCGUUUUCAACCACGAAAUCCUCUACCUCCAGAUCGUGAUAUAUCUUUUGUAUGUAUUUUUUACGAGUAAGCAAACCCACGAGAUCACUCAUCAACCAUCCAAAACAGCAUCGCGAGCAAGAGUCUUCCAGGAAGUUAAUCCACCCUCCUAUCCUUCCAUAAAUACCAUCAACUUUAUCAACGAGAUUCUCUCUUAAAUCAGAAAUCGACAUAUCCGAUGAAUUUCUAAAUAAGUCAAAAUUAAGAAGAAAUCUUCGCAAUAACAAAGAUCUCCACUUCAACAAGAGAUUCUUCUUUCUGGAGAAAAAAUUCCAUUUGCAGAAAAGAUCCGAAUAAAUUCAUAGCAGAGAAAAGCGUUCGUGAGCCACGAGGCUCGAGCAGCGGCACGAGGUUCGUCGAUCGAGCAGUUGCGUUGCAGCUGCAACGAUUUCGAGACAGCUGCGACGCGCUUCUCCAGAGGGUGGCGGAGACCGUGGGGAAUCACGAGGGCGCCGAUCAUCUGCGAAGGUGACAGGAGAAAGACCAACGGAGAGGGUGGAGGAGACGAAACAUACAACGAGGCUGGAAACGAAGGAGGUGGAGGGUGAAAGUGUCGACGACAGGAGUGGUGGUGGCAGUGGUGUUAUCGGUGACGACAGUGGAACUAUCAACGAACACGGCAACAGUCGUGGGCAGAAGAAUAAUAACGGUGGUAGUAACAGCGUUGGUAGCUGCACUACGAGUGGUGUCAGUGGUGGUGGUGGUGGUGGUGGUGGUGGUGGACUAUCGUGCAGGGGUAGUACGUUACGACUUCUAAGGGGACUGGUGGAGGGCCCAAUAGGCAGGGUGGCCGCACGAGUGCACCGUUGGGGAACAGCAGGAGGGGUCAAUCCCUCUGCACCCACAGGACGGGAAUGUCCCGGCGGAGAGGGCACCCCCCGUCGGAACGUCCUCGACGCCACGAAGAAUCGCCGGCUGAUGGGCGCCAACCUCACUAAGCAGAGCAGGAGAGAGGCUACGCAACGAGAUGUGGAACGCGAACGACGACAACGAAUGGAAGCCGAAGCUCGGGUACGCGAGGCUACGGCUGAAGCUGAAAGAGCACGCUCCAGGGUUCAUCAUCUUCAGAGAGAACUGGCCAGGAUGGAGGAGACAUCACGGGGGUUACUGCAGCAUAAGCACAGGGCCGAACAGCUGAAGCAAGAGAAAACUGCGCUCACACUUUCUUACGAGGCACGCGUGCAUCAGUAUCAGGCUCAGAUUUCGAAGCUGCAACUGGAGAACGAGUCGAUGAGGGGUCAGCUGCGCGGUUUGGAGGCUGCAUGUGCUGGUGAGGUGCAUGCUGCGUUGGUGGCACGUCUAGCGACCUUGGAAACAGAACACGCUGCCUUGGCACGAGACGCGGACGCUCAGCGUCGCCAGUACGAGCGGUGCCUGGACGACGUCGCCAACCAGGUGGUCCGCGCCCUUCUAUCCCAAAAGGGUCUGAGGGAAGAAAUCGGUGCAUUGCAGAGGCGUAUACGGGAGCUCGAGGCUCAAAAUCGAGCGCUUUCAGGAUUAUUGGCCCAGGCCGCAAAUCCUGGAAGUCCGACAGAAUUGAUUCAAGGGAUCCUCGAAGCUGGACCCGCGGCACUAGUCGCUGCUCUUGGUCUGGACCCAGCUUGGGUACCCUUAUCAAGGCCACGCUCGCUCAAUUUACAGAUACCAGUCAUGGCUGCUACGAAAUGUCGAAGAAACAGACCUUUGGCACAAAAACCGUCAGAAGAGGAAGGUAGCGAGAGUCCAGAAAGUGGGAACAGAGACGAGGGUUAUUCAACAAUGUCCAGCGACGUACAGGGUGAGGGUGCUCGACAGGAACCAUCCCGAGGGUUAGAAGAUCUAAAGGAGGCGACAGACGAGACCGAGGCAGACGUUUCACCGGAUGCACGGCUGGUCGCCCUCGACGCUGGCGACCCGGACGUGCUGUUUUUGCCGUUGAAUCUCACCGUAGGAAUAAAUCCACGUCACAGUUAUCCCCCUACCAAAGACUUGCUGCCGUAUCAGCACGUGAUGCGCAGCUUCUCCGACAGUCAUCUAUGCCUCAAGCUGACCACUACAACCAAUUUCACGCCGUACAAGCUACCAAGCCCCAUGGGAUCCUCUUCUCUUCUUCUAGUCGAAGAAGAAGGCUGGGAUGCCGAAUAUGUGCAACAAUGGCUCAGGUUGGACGACAGCAGAAGUGCUCAACAACAUCGAGAUCACCUCGAGUUGGAAUACGACAGAGCAGAAUUGGAAGAUUGGAGUUUCUCGUUGUCCACCGAGGACCUUGUUCAAAAUGAAUCUACGGUAUGGAAGGAACCCUCCACCACUACCACCCCAGCUCUUCCAGCAAUCAAGGAACAUAAUCCUUUGGAAUUGGAAGAAGACGCGAAUGAAUGUUUGUGGAAUGGUGCCAGUUAUCUUGCUGAUAGAACAGGAGGCGAAUUGGUUGCUCUUCUUAUGGAUGCCAGGGCGACUGGGUCGUGGCCAUACGCUACGAGUCCUGGUGCUUCCUGGAGCAGCGAAGAAGGAGCAUUUGAAAAUUCCAGCAAACGAUCCUCUGCGGCGUUAUCCGGCUGCAGCGAUGAUCCAGACUCUCCAUCCAUUGGCACGGAUUUCACCAGAGACUUUUACAGACUGGUAAAGUUCGAGAGUACGAAAAGCUUGGCAAGCACAUCGUCGAGAAGCGGAAGACCUCCACCGGACAGGGAACAAGCAUUGCAGAGCGUGUUGUCCUUUAUCGCUGAACAACAAAUGUAUUUGGCUGAAUUGCCAAAUAAUCUACUAGAACAUAAUAGUGCAACUCUUGCAACGGAAGUUCUAGAGGAAACCGAACACAAGGACGAGUCUGGAACCGAGGCGAUGUGCGCCGAAAUAGAAACAUCUGUCGAUCAAGAUAGCAGCAACAUCGAGAACGUUGCUGAAACGAGCAGUAACGACGAUUUGCUCGAUCAGAUACCCGUACCCUCUUUAGCGCCGGAGGAGAGAAUAAUCAGUGCGGUAGCUUGCAAUGGUGGUGUUUCUUAUACUACGGUCGCGCCGUCUGAAUUAGGUGCCGUUCCCGAGGAAGACGAGGAAGCUGCUACUUCCUCUACACCAAGCACAGUUGUAAGUCCAGCAAGAGCACCGCUAUUAGUUGAAGGCAGGGACAGAUCGCUGAGCUUUCACGAACGUGCCACGUCGAAAGAUGUGAUAGAUGAACUGAAUCGAAUGAUCAGAAAAGGUGAAGAGAACACCGUUACCCAAGAAAGCCAGGUGCCGCUUGAAAAAUUGGAUCUCGCUUGCUGCUGUCCGACUGGAUGGGUUCACGUUGAACGAGAUAUUGACUUUACCGACCCAAAAGCAAGAGCCAAUUUAUUAGACGUGAUGCUAGAAAGCAGUGAAAGUUCUUCGGCGACAUCGAGCAGCGGAUCAGCCGGAAGUGACUCGGGGGAUGAACCACCUGAUUAUCGUCACUUGCAUAGACUACACCGAUACCGACGACAAAAGAAAGCAUCGGCGGCCCAGGCACACCGUGUGCUGCGAUUGCCGUCAACCUGGGGUUCAUCGAGGCCGUCGAUCAUCGGACGAGGUGACGAUUUCUUUGUGCGAUACGGAGACAAGGAGCGUGAAGCUGUGGCCUCGUUUGACUUCCUCGACGAGAUCGUGGCACCUUCCUCGACAGGCUCGAACGCUAGUCUCAUCGAUUUGGAUGACACACCACCUACAGAGCUUCGUAGCGACAUCAUGAAGCUUUCUCCUCUCUAGGAUCAGCUUCGACGUAGAAGUCUAUCGUAAAAUUGCACGUUGACGCGAUGGGAGCACUCUUGUAAGGAUGGGAAAAAUAUCCUGUUCUAAUUGUAGGUCAGCGCGCACGCUUUGUUACACUAUGGUGAACUUAUGCUGCGCCGGUGUUAAGCUUCAAUGCUGUAUCAAAAGUACAUAAGUACAUGAAACUGAAAUCUACGAAAACAAAUUGUAUUAUAACAUCUUGAACGGUACAUUGAUUUCUUUUUAUUAUUCUUGUUAAGUCGCGCGUACACUUACAUUACACGUACACUUAUAGCGAGUAAUUUGCAUAUAAUUUCAAUGGUAACGUACAAGUUGCUCUUCUUGUACGAAUAUAUUCUACGGGUGUUUUGCUAAGGGUCAGUAUAGUGUUAUUGCGACGAUAUCUAUUUAUUUUUGUUAAAUUACCCCAAAACUCUUCGACAAAAAUUUUCAACAAUGUGUAUUCUUUUUUCAUGAUAUAACAUAUAGAGAACAUUCUAUAGUAUAAAAAAGAAUUUUUUUAUACUCUCUUAUUACUUUGAAUCAUACCUGCUUUUUGGAUAAACAUGGAUAUUUCUGCACAAAAUUAAUUAUUAAAUAAAUUAACGAAAUAAAAGCCACUAAACGUAGGUACUGUUAUAUUGUUUGCCUAUUUAUCAUAGAGAUUCUCAAGAUGUACAUCUUUCUUUGGUGUCUAAUGACUUGCUACUUGUUAUCACAUUCGUAAAUAUUCAAAUCUGUAAAUAGGAUAUUGAUUUUCUUAUAAAUAAGAAUAAUUAUUCAUUAUCUACUUGCAUCUUGAAUACCAUGGUGUAUUAAGGUUUUUAUAAAUUUUUAGAUAUGAAUAUAAAUUAUUAUUGAGAUAAUCACAAUAUAAAAAAUAUUGUUUUGACUUAUGAUAAAAACUUAGGUAUAUAAUUUCUAGAAUUAAUGCUCAUCUUUUGUUUGAAAACUUCCUUUGAACAAAACGUUGGAUGAAUUUCCUUUUAUCUUUUCUUCAUAUAUAUAAAAAGUACUAGAACAAUUUAUCAUACUUGAAGUAUGCUCUUGCUCACAAGAUGGAAGUAGACUCCUUAAUGAUUAUAUACACAUAAACAUUAAAGUAUGGAUAACAUUAUCUAAGAGGUGGUCUAUACAUAUAUACAAAAAAAUACUAUUAGUGUAAUAUGUACAGUAUAUAUGAACUAUCAUGAGAAAAAUAUCAUAGACUGGAACUAUGAUUAUAGGUUACUGUACACUUGAAUACAUAUUUCAAAUAGUACUUCCAUUGAUGAUCUUGGCAGGAUCAUAAAAUAUCAGGUGAUCUUAACAAUAUCUACUUCUUACGCACAUGAAAUUUAAUUUACACUUUUAAUAUACGUUUCAUAAAGAAUUUUAAAGGUUCAGAAAUCGAUUACAACAAAUCAUGAUUGGAACGUAUCUUUAAAAUAUUUAGAUAGAAUAACUGUUUCUACAUUUUUCAAACCAAAACAUAUAAUUUAAAGAAUGCGAUGUCGCGUAUUAUCUUCCCAAAAUUGAGCUUAGAAAAAUUUAGAUUAAGAGUACUCGACGAUUUUGUAUGAAUAUGAAUUUGUACUCUUCUUCUUCGUCGAUCAUCAAUAAACGUUGAGGACAUACUCUAAUAUCCUGUUGUUGAUAUGAGACACGUGUUAUAUGUACGCUAUGAGUGGAUAUAACCUUCUGUUCCGUCUUCAACGAAAAUAUAUUGAAUGUAUUACUUAUGAUCUGUAAGAUAAAAUAGAAGAAGUUCAAAUUCAAACGGAUAUAUUUAAAAUACGCUCGGCGAACGAGUCACACCUAGAUGAUAGAAAUAACGUAAGUAAAAAAAACUCGCAACAGAAAAAUAGUAACGCUAUGAUCAAAACGCCGUACCAAGUAGAUAAUUUCGUCAUAAUUUGUACAAGAUAAUUCACACUAUUUCAAGAAUAUAUAACGUUCGAGAUAAAUCGUUAACUUGCGUUAUGGUCAAAUUACUAGAAAUAAUAUAGUUCAUAUAACGUUUAAGGUAUCAAACCGAUAGAAAUUGAAAUAUUUUACAUGUAGGUAUAUAUAUAUAUAUAUAUUAAAUUAUAUAAUAUAUAUAUAUGUAUUAAACACGAUGAAUAUUUUCAAUAUUGAAAUGGAGACUGUACGAAUAUAGAGUUGUAUUUUCCAUUAGUCCAUUUUUUACACACAAUUUCUUAUUACCAUAUAUACAAUGUGUAUGAGACUAGAAUAAUUAAUUCAUCCUUUAUGCAUAUGUUAAAAGAGAUAAAAAAUACUAUACAUACAUAUUAUACUGAAACCCAGUAUAUUAUUAUUGUUUAUAUCUAAUGAUUACAUAAAACUUUACCACAUCGCUAAUUUUAAUAUCUAAUAACUACAACGAAGAAGUUCCAAACGAAAACAACUUAUAUCCUGCAGUCUCAAAGUAAUCGUUUAAUGAUAGUUAUAAGGUACGUGUGAGAUGCAUUAUAUUGAAAAUGCAAUGAUUAAAGCACUGAUCCUCUAUCCCAAUUGACAGAAAGAAAAUCAAUCGAUAGAUAUAACUCGUGAUUGGGACAUUGUAAAUAGUAUGUAUUAUAGCACAACAGAUGUAAGUUAUCCUCUCUUGAACUUAAUAAAUAACGACAAUAUAACGAAUGUAAAGGCGCAUAUUCGAUGUUCAAUCUAGAAAACCGUUCCUAUAAAAAUACUAUUGAUACACAUAUAAAUAUUAUCAGUCCACUCAAACAUAUUGUCCAUUAAGAUAGACAAAUAUUUCAAUAAAUAAUAAAAGUAAUUUAAUUA